AUGCGAAAUUUGUCAAAGAUCUUUUUGAUGGUUUGUACCACAGAUGUUUACUCAAAAAAUGACAAAAUCCAUUUAUCGAUUUUCCGUUAUCACUUACAUUUUCCAGACUACUCCGAAAAAUUCUUAAUACCAGAAGACUUUAUGAAUGCCGCUGAAAAACCGGGUAAGAGAAGCCUCUUGAUAGCAGUAUCUAUCAUAUCCUACAAUCUUCCAGUUGACAUUCCCACCGAAGCGCAGCUCGAUGCUGUGCAGAAUUCCCAGCUGUUUGAGGGAGAUAUCAUUGGAAUACCAUCUUUAGAAGAACAAGCUCUGCGACGGCUUCGCGAUGAACCCAUAGACAUCGAUGAAGCUGCAAUUUUUGGAAAACCGUACCAUAGCGCUUUAAAUUUGGUUACAUAUCCUGAGAAGUUAUGGACAGAUGCGCAGGUGCCGUAUAUGCUGGAGGAAGGGAUGACAAACGACCAACGAGCCGCUAUCGCUCAAGCAUUUGAUGAGUACAAAGAGAAAACAUGUAUCCGAUUUGUGCCCAGAAAUGAGGAUGAUUUUGACUACAUUUACAUCAAAAGGAACGUAGCAUUCGGAUGUUCAUCAUAUGUUGGCCGAGCUGGUGGUAAUCAGACGGUAUCAUUAGAAGUGGAUAAGUGUUUCUCAAAAGGAAUUAUUGCCCACGAACUGAUGCAUGCAAUCGGAUUCUUUCAUGAACACUCGCGAACGGAUCGCGAUGAAUACGUGGACAUUAAUGAGGAUAAUAUACGACCAGGUAUGGGUCAACGGCAUUGAUA